AUGGCAGCAGUCCUUGUGCUUGUCUACCGCCAGUCAGCCACCGGAGGACAAUGGGCCCAUGGGGCUCGGCUGGAACCCAUCCGAUACGACGUCGUACUUGUAAAUGUGCGGAGAAACAACUUCCUGCGACUUCCCUGUAUCGGACGGAUAUCGGGUGCGAAGUUUUUCAUGCCCAUUUCUUCUUUUCUUCUGACCAGCAUGGUGCGGAGAAUGGCUUUUGGAAGAGAUGGUGCUUUCGCCACCGUAAGUACUUAUGCUGUGAUGCCUUUUCUCCUCUUUCGAACUUGCACUCACGCUACUAUCACUACCAGCAAAAGCAUAACAGCACCAUUCACGCCUCACCUUCGUCGAAUUGUGAAGGAGCAUUGCAAAUCUGGCAUUGUUGGCAGUAUUGAUGAUGCCAUUGGGUUGUUCCGUCACAUGGUUCGGAUGAAACCCUCGCCUUCCAUUGUCGAAUUUAAUCAAUUGUUGGGUUUGAUUGUGAGAAUGAAACAUUAUCCGACUGCAAUUUCCCUAAUUAAUCAAAUGGAAUCUGUAGGAGUUACGCCCGACGUGUGUAGUCUGACUAUCCUGACGAAUUGUUUUUGCAGCUUGAAUCGAGUGAAUUUUGGUUUCUCUGUUUUAGGAAAAAUUUUGAAGCUCGGUUUGGAGCCAGACACCGCCACUUUGAAUGCUCUUAUCAAGGGCCUUUGUUUUGGUGGCGAAGUUGCUCAAGCAGGAAGCUUAUUUAACCGAAUGAUGCAGGACGGUUAUCAAUUGGAUGUGUUUACUUAUUCGAUGAUGAUAAAUGGGUUAUGUAAGAUUGGGGAAAAUACUGCAGCCCUUGAGUUGCUAAGGAAGAUGGAAGAAAGAGGUUGUGUGCCAAAUGUGGUAGCAUAUAGCACAAUCAUUGACAGCCUCUGCAAGGACAGGCUGGUAAAUGAGGCUUUCAGCCUCUUCUUAGAAAUGAUUGGUAAAAACAUUACCCCAAAUGUUUUCACCUACAACUCAUUAAUCCGUGGCUACUGUAGUUCAUGUCAGUGGAAAGAAGCUACUAGAUUGUUGAAUGAAAUGAUAGACAAAGAAAUCACACCAGAUGUGUAUACCUUCAGCAUAUUGGUUGAUAACCUUUGUAAAGAGGGGAUGGUUGCUCAAGCACAGCAUGCUGUGGAAUUGAUGAUUGGAAGAGGUCUAGAGCCAAAUACUAUAACUUACACUGCCCUUAUGGAUGGAUUUGUUUUGCAAGGCCAAAUGAACAUGGCAUUGGAUGUAUUUGAUGUGAUGGUUGGCAGAGGUUGUUUGCCUAGUGUUUAUAGUUAUAGCAUCUUGAUCAAUGGAUUUUGCAAGAGUAAAAAAAUGGAGGAAGCCAUGAAGCUCUUUGAAGAAAUGUCUCAAAAUGGAGUGAUUCCCAACAUUGUGACUUUCACAACUCUUAUAAGCGGCCUAUGCGAGGUGGGCAGGCCGCUGGAUGCACAGAUGCUUCUAGAUAAGAUGCAAGCUCAUGGCCAAACUCCUGAUAUUGUAACAUACUCAACUUUGUUGGAUGGCCUAUUCAAAAACAAAUACGUUGAUGAGGCGAUGGCCUUGUUUAAAACAAUUGAAAAUAGUGGAAUGAGUCUUGAUAUAGUUAUUUACAAUAUCAUUAUUGCUGGUAUGUGCAAGGUUGGGAAGUUUGAAAUUGCAAAGGAGACCUUUCAAAAUCUCCCGGCCAAAAUGCUACAACCUAGUAUUCAUACAUAUAAUAUAAUGAUGAGUGGGUUUUGUAAAAGAGGGUUGUUAAAUGAAGCAAAUGAAUUGCUUCAAAAAAUGGAAGACAAUGGCUGCCCCCCAAAUGGUUUCACUUAUAAUAUAAUUAUCCAAGGACUUCUUCAAGAGAAUGAGAUAUUGAGAGCAAAGAAACUCCUUCACGUAAUGCUUAGUCGUGGUUUCUUAGUGGAUGCAAACACUAUGACCAUGUUACUAGAGUUGCAAUCUAUUGGUAAAUUAGAUCUAUCAUUGUUGGAUAUGAUGCAUAAGGAUUUGUGACAGUUAUGAACAUGAACUAAGACCUAGCAAUGAAUGGUUGGAAGGAGGCAGGUUGAGAAUUUUUUUCAUGUUUAUUGUUAUUUGGUGCUUAUUGUGUCACAUGUAGCAUUAGUUGCUGGUACUGGUUGCGUAUUGUUGUUCCAUAGCAACUAUGUUUCUUUGCUUAUGUGUAAAUUCUUCUUAGGAUCAUGUUGUUGUGAUAUGUUAUAGCAGAUUCUCUAAAGUGACAAAAGAACAUAUUUAUAGUUUUGUAUUGACUAUUGAACUUGGAAGCUUGCUCAAUGUUUAUAUUAUGGACAAAUAAAUAAUAUUUAUGUUGUUUGGAUU